CCAUGCAGCAAGUGCAGGAGUACGUGUCCGUGGGCUGGCGUUUCGCUGGGAUGAAGCACGUGCACCUCAUCCUGGAGUUCCUCAGGGGCCGCAACUCUUGGGUCCUGGACAUCAUUCCAGAGCUGCGCGCCAAGGGUGAACGCCUCCAGGCGUUCCUGAAGGCGUACCAGCGGUUGGGUGCGGACGGCCCCUAUAUGAAGCUGUUGCACCUUCCCGAGGCGGCGACAGCGAUGCGCAAGCACCUGGGCUUGCACGUGGCGGCUGCGUACGCGCUAGCCGUGCUGGAAGAUGAGAACUGGCUGCAGUACAAGGGCGUGCCGCGCGACGAGGCCGAGGAGGCGGUGCUCUCCAAGAUCUCGGCCAUCAAGCGCAUGGGCCUCGGUGCGCCCCCAAAGGACGGCCGGGCUGCCCCCGCCGCCGUCGCUGGGGGUGACGGCGAUGACGACGGCGACUCGAGGGGUGUGGACGUCGCCGCAGCGGGCGAGCCCGCUGCCACCGCGGCGGCCACAGCGCCAUAGACAUCCAC